AACACUUUUCGGAGCAUCAGUGAAAAUGUCUGGAAGAGGAAAAGGAGGUAAAGGACUCGGCAAAGGAGGCGCUAAGCGUCACCGCAAAGUCCUCCGCGACAACAUCCAGGGAAUCACCAAGCCCGCUAUUCGCCGUCUGGCUCGCCGUGGUGGAGUCAAGCGUAUCUCGGGUCUGAUCUACGAGGAGACCCGCGGUGUGUUGAAGGUUUUCCUUGAGAACGUGAUCCGUGAUGCCGUCACCUACACCGAGCACGCUAAGAGGAAGACCGUGACCGCCAUGGACGUGGUUUACGCCCUGAAGAGACAGGGUAGAACCCUGUACGGCUUCGGAGGUUAAACCCAACCGUUUCCUGAACAAACC